AUGGAGGCCGAGGCUCAUGAGUUGGAGCAAUCGAAACAUAUUGGAAAGCAAUCCGGACUCGAUCGCGUCAUUGAUUUUGGUACCGAAGGCAGCCUUCUGACAAAACCUCCUGGCUUUGAUUUCAGUAUCGACUUCGAUGAGCCGAAGUCCAAAGACGCCCAGGAGGGUGCCCGGGAAGUCGAGUCUGCCCUUCUCCAGGAGGAAAGCGACCUGAAAGCGGAUAAGCCCGAGGAAACCACCGAGUCUCAGGCAGAAACAGAGUCGGAGGCCGAUGAUGUUAGCGACGAGGAAGAUAUUGACGCUUUGUUGCCGGUCGAGUUCCCGGCAUUUGAACCACGUAACCAGUUGCUCGCAGGCACUCAGAAACAGAAGGGCAGAGAAUGGGCACACGUUGUCGAUGUCAAUAAGGAAAUUCCGAACUUCUCUGAGUUGGUUCCGGACAUGGCUAAAGAGUGGCCGUUCGAGCUGGACACUUUCCAGAAAGAGGCCGUCUAUCACCUUGAGAAUGGUGAUUCAGUGUUCGUUGCGGCUCAUACCUCGGCAGGCAAGACAGUUGUGGCCGAAUAUGCCAUCGCAUUAGCUGCAAAACACAUGACAAAAGCGAUUUACACGUCUCCCAUCAAAGCCCUGAGCAACCAGAAAUACCGCGAUUUCAGAGUUGAAUUUGACGACGUCGGGAUUUUGACCGGUGAUGUUCAAAUUAAUGCGGAGGCGAGCUGUCUCAUCAUGACCACUGAGAUUCUACGGAGUAUGCUGUACCGAGGCGCUGAUCUUAUUCGGGACGUUGAGUUCGUCAUUUUCGACGAGGUGCAUUACGUCAAUGACACGGAACGAGGAGUGGUAUGGGAAGAAGUCAUUAUCAUGCUUCCAGAGCAUGUGACGUUGAUUCUCCUCUCCGCAACUGUGCCCAAUACUCGAGAAUUUGCAUCCUGGGUGGGCCGAACGAAGAAGAAGGACAUAUAUGUGAUUUCGACACAGAAGCGACCUGUGCCGCUGGAACACUAUCUCUGGGCUGGAAAGGACAAGUACAAGAUCGUCGACUCUAACAAGAGGUUCCUCGAGUCCGGAUGGAAGGAAGCGGAUGACAUCCUGUCCGGCAGAGACAAGGUCAAAGCCCAGAAAGAGGUAGCGGUAACUGUAGGCCGGGCAGGCGGUCAGGUUGCGAACGCUAGAGGCAGUGGCCGAGGCGCUGGUCGCGGCGGUCCACAGCGCGGAGGAGGCCCCCGGGGUGGAGGACAACGCGGCGGACAGUCCUCCAACCGGGGAGUGGGCAACAUCGCUCGCACUGGCCGUGGAGGUGGUCGUACGAGCGCGGCUCAGGACAGAGGCACAUGGGUGAAUCUUGUUUCGCAUCUUCGCCAGAAAGAGUUGCUACCAGCAUGUAUUUUCGUUUUUUCGAAGAAGCGAUGCGUGGAGAACGCCAAUUCGCUGUCAAAUCAAGACUUCAACAAUGCCAGCGAGAAGAGUAUGACCCACAUGUUCAUCGAAAACUCGCUUACUCGCCUCAAACCUGAAGACCGGGCACUUCCACAAAUCCUUCAUCUUCGUGAAUUGCUAAGCAGAGGUAUUGCUGUGCACCAUGGCGGCCUCCUGCCCAUCAUGAAGGAAGUCGUCGAAAUUCUUUUCGCCAAGUCUCUAGUCAAGGUACUAUUUGCCACGGAAACUUUCGCGAUGGGGUUGAAUCUUCCCACACGAACUGUGGUUUUUUCUGGUUUCCGCAAGCACGAUGGCAAGGCUUUCCGUGAUCUCUUGCCCGGUGAAUAUACGCAAAUGGCUGGGCGUGCUGGUCGUAGAGGUCUUGACAAGGUGGGCUAUGUUAUUGUGACAAAUAGUGGUAGAGACGAUGCUCCGUCUGCUGCCACGUUAAAGAACAUGAUCCUGGGCAAUCCCACCAAGCUAAGGUCUCAAUUCAGACUCACUUACAACAUGAUCCUCAACCUACUUCGCGUGGAAGCACUGAAGAUCGAAGAAAUGAUCAAACGAAGUUUCAGUGAGAAUGCCACACAGGCUCUCUUACCGGAACACGAGCAACAAGUUCAGCUAUCUGAGGCCAGUCUUGCGAAAAUCAAACGCGAACCUUGCGACGUCUGUGACAUGGAUCUGAAGGCUUGCCAUGAUGCUGCGAUGGAAUAUCAGAAGCUCACAGCCCAGCUCCACACCGCUUUGCUCUCGUCGCCCGUUGGUAAACGUCUUUUCUCAGCGAAAAGGCUGGUCGUGUACCGGAGGGAUGGGCUUCGCAACGCUGGUGUUCUUGUUCGCGACGGCCUUUCAGCCGGAGCCGCAGUGGAGCCAGCCGUUCAUAUCCUCGAAAUCGGAAAUUUGAGCCAGACGCGGAAUCCCACGGACAUUCUUCCAUUUUUGCCUACUUUCCGACCCUACUUUGAACCUCUCCCCACUCGCGCCGAUGAUAUGAAGCUUCGUGUAGUCAGGGUUCCAUUACCUGAUAUCGAGUGCUUGACGGUCUCCCAGAUUCAUUGGCAAAAGCCAAGCUGGUACAUGCACAUCAAGGCUGACGCUGUGAACUGGGCACAAACAGAGUCACACAACUACACCCGUCCUUGGACCGAUACUACCUGGGACGAAAUUGACUGGCAGCGCAUCAAAGAGAUGGAAAUUCGUGAGAUCCUCGAUAAGCGACAUGCUCAAGCAGAGAUUGCUCAGUCAUGCAGCUGUAUAGGAUGCCCGGAGUUCAUCAAACAUUUCGAGAUGCAACAUGACGAGUGGCAAGUCAAGGAGAAUAUCUCGGAGUUGAAGAAACUGAUGUCCGACCGAAACCUACAGCUACUUCCGGACUAUGAGCAGCGCAUUCAAGUACUGAAAGAGCUCCGUUUCGUUGACGACCAAUCUCGUGCGGAAUUGAAGGGCAAGGUGGCAUGCGAGAUCCACUCCGCCGACGCGCUGGUGCUGACAGAAUUGAUUCUCGAAAACGUCCUUGCGGAAUAUGAACCCGAGGAGAUUGUUGCCCUCCUCUCUUGUUUUGUCUUCCAAGAGAAAACAGAGACCAAUCCUACCCUUACUCCUAGCUUGGAGAAGGGUAGGGAUGAAAUUAUCCGCAUCGCUGAGAAGGUUAAUGAUUGCCAGAUCCAGCAUCAGGUCAUCCAGUCCAGUGAUGAUGCCAAUGACUUUGCCAGCACGCCACGCUUUGGUCUUACUGAAGUUGUCUAUGAAUGGGCACGGGGCAUGUCUUUCAACCGCAUCACGGACCUUACCGAUGUGAUGGAGGGUACUAUCGUUCGGGUGAUCACCCGACUGGACGAGACUUGUCGCGAAGUGAAAAAUGCGGCCAAAUUAGUUGGCGAUCCGAGCCUCUAUCAGAAGAUGGAGCAAGCCCAGGAUUUGAUCAAACGCGAUGUCAUCUUCGCAGCUUCUCUCUACAUGUGA